AUGGCGCAGGCAGAAGCUCUCGCUGCCACUCUCGCUGAGCUAAACCUGAAUGCACAGGAUCUUAGCGGGUCGGCUUUUGAUGAGCGAAUUGCGGAAGAAGAAAGUGGUCAAUAUCAGAACCGGAGUCCUCGGCCAAGAGCCCGCCAAAAUGCUGAAGAUCUUCUUGAAGAGCUGGAGGCUGACUUCCUGACUCCAUCAUCUCAGUUUAGCCCUGAAUGGCUGAAUCGUCUACAAAGACGAUGGGACGUGUCGACGGACUACAAGGACCUUUUUGAGGUCGCACCGACCCAAACACGAACUGUUGUUCGUUUCGACCGUGAGGGUCUAGAGGGGCGUGUCACUGGCUAUCAUGAAGUCACGGUUCCUGCCACCAGUGCAAAUGCAAAGAACUCAACAUCUCUGCUUCGUCGACCAGCUGGUCGCGCAGAUUUCGUUAGGGGCGCCGCUGGAUUCUUUCCCUUCGCGCCAGGUGGACUUGACGGUGUUGAGGCUAUCGCUGAAAUGGAAUCCGAAGCCCAGACAGCAGAUAGCUCGAGGCCGGGAGGCAAACAAUCUGGCCUUGACCGGAUCAUUAACUUCGGCGCUGAGGGUGGCCUCCUAGAAGUCGCCCCAGGAUUCAGUCGUGGCCUGAAAUUCGAGGUAGCAAAGUCAAAAGAAGCUGCUGAGAAUGAUCAAGAAGUCGAACAUGUCCUCCAGCAGGAGGAAGCUGACCUCCCCGUUGAAAAGGACGACACAGCUUCAGAUGUUGGAGGAGUGAAGAUCGAAGACGACGAGCUCAGCGGAGAUGAGGAGGACAUAGAUUCAUUACUGCCCGUUGAGUUCCCAGCACUGGAACCCCGUGCUCCUCUGUUAUCAGGUGUCCAGAAGAAAGGUGGUAGGGAAUGGGCGCAUGUUGUGGAUGUUAACAAAGACAUUCCAAAUUUCAGCGAGCUUGUGCCGGAUAUGGCUAGAGAGUGGCCGUUUGAACUUGAUACUUUUCAAAAAGAGGCUGUCUACCAUUUGGAGAGUGGUGAUUCCGUUUUUGUCGCGGCACAUACGUCAGCUGGAAAGACAGUUGUUGCUGAAUAUGCCAUUGCUUUGGCUGCCAAGCAUAUGACCAAGGCUAUCUACACAUCGCCUAUCAAGGCUCUCAGCAAUCAGAAGUUUAGGGAUUUUAGGACUACAUUCGAUGAUGUUGGUAUCCUUACGGGUGACGUCCAGAUCAAUCCAGAAGCAAGCUGCCUGAUCAUGACCACUGAAAUUCUCCGAAGUAUGCUUUAUCGUGGAGCAGAUCUGAUUAGAGAUGUCGAGUUUGUGAUCUUUGAUGAGGUACAUUAUGUUAAUGAUCUCGAAAGAGGCGUUGUUUGGGAAGAAGUGAUCAUCAUGCUUCCUGAACAUGUCACCCUGAUUCUUCUAUCUGCUACUGUCCCUAACACUUAUGAAUUUGCCUCCUGGGUGGGUCGUACAAAGAAGAAGGAUAUUUAUGUUAUUUCGACUGCGAAACGACCUGUCCCUCUCGAGCACUAUUUGUGGGCUGGUAAAGAUAAAUUCAAAAUCGUCGACUCAAAUAAGCGAUUCCUGGAAGGCGGUUGGAAAGAAGCAGAUAACGUUAUCUCUGGCAGAGAUAAAAUUAAAGCUCAAAAAGCUGCCGAGGCUCAGGCUCAAUCCCAAGCUCAGAGAGGCGGUCAGCAGGGAAGAGGGCGUGGUCAAGCUCCUGGUAGAGGUGGCCCUCGCGGCAAUUCGCAGCGUGGAGGUGCUCAACGCGGGGGCGGUGCUCAGCGUGGUAGAGGGCAGCCAGCCAAUAGGGGUACCGGGAAUAUUGCUCGUACAGGAAGAGGUGGAGGACGGACAACAGCUGCACAGGAUAAGACUGUAUGGGUACAACUUGUCCAACAUCUCCGCAAAGAAAAUUUGCUCCCCGGUUGUAUUUUCGUGUUCUCUAAGAAAAGAUGUGAGGAGAACGCGGAUUCACUCUCAAACCAGGACUUCUGUAAUGCGUCGGAGAAAAGUCUUACGCACAUGUUUAUCGAAAAGUCACUUACCCGCCUUAAGCCCGAAGAUAGGACGCUCCCGCAGAUACUUCGCCUUCGCGACUUGCUAAGCAGAGGAAUUGCUGUUCACCAUGGAGGUCUUCUGCCCAUUAUGAAAGAGAUUGUUGAAAUCCUGUUUGCCAAAUCUUUGGUUAAGGUUCUUUUCGCAACAGAGACGUUUGCUAUGGGACUGAAUCUACCAACUCGUACGGUGGUUUUCUCAGGAUUCCGUAAACAUGAUGGUAAAGGCUUCAGAGACCUGCUCCCAGGUGAAUACACCCAGAUGGCCGGCCGUGCUGGGCGAAGAGGCCUUGAUACUGUCGGCUAUGUGAUCAUUACGAGCACUGGUAAAGAUGAAGCGCCUCCUGCCGGUGCUUUGAAGCGGAUGAUCCUCGGUGAACCGACCAAACUUCGAUCCCAAUUCAGGCUCACUUAUAACAUGAUUUUGAAUCUCUUGCGUGUUGAGGCUUUGAGGAUCGAAGAGAUGAUCAAGCGCAGUUUUAGUGAAAAUGCCACGCAGGCUUUGCUUCCAGAGCAUGAGAAACAGGUUCAACUAUCGGAAGCCAGCUUGGCUAAGAUUAAGCGUGAGCCUUGCGAUAUCUGUGACAUUGAUCUCGUGGCUUGCCAUAGUGCAGCUAUGGAGUACGGAAAACUAACAAGUGAGCUGUAUGUUGGGUUGCUCGCCUCUCCCGUCGGUAAGCGUCUCUUUAUGCCCAAGCGGCUAGUCGUUUACAGAAAGGAUGGAUAUCGGACGGCUGGUAUUAUCGUCCGAGAAGGGGUUGGAGGAGGGCCCACGCCCACCGUACAGAUUCUCGAAAUCGGCAAACUAGGUGGCAGACGUCAUCCAAGUGAUAUUCUCCCCUUCCUUCCUAAAUUCCGACAUCUGUUCCAGACCCUACCAACCCGCGGAGCUGAUAUGACCUUGAAAGUUUGCAAGAUACCGCUCUCUGAUCUGGAAUGUCUCACCAAUACCAUGGUGAAGCUAACUGGUCCAACGUGGUAUCUCAAUAUCAAGAAGGAGGCCAUCAAGUUUGCCGAUAAAGAGCUGCAUAAAUACUGCGGAUCGUGGACGAGCACCGCUUGGGACGAGAUAGACUGGACUCGAAUCAAAGAGUUGCAGGUGAGGGACAUACUAGAAAAACGACAAGCCCAGGCAAUAAUUGCCGAAUCCUGCAAAUGCUUACAAUGCCCGGACUUCUUAAAACAUUUCGAGAUGCAACACGACGAAUGGCAAGUCAAAGAGAACAUUUCGCAGUUGAAGCAAUUGAUGUCCGAUCAAAAUCUUCAACUUUUGCCAGAUUACGAACAACGUAUCCAGGUACUGAGAGAACUAGGGUUCAUAGAUGAACAGUCUCGUGUACAGCUGAAAGGCAAGGUAGCAUGUGAGAUUCACUCAGCUGAUGAGCUUGUCUUGACGGAAUUGGUCCUCGAGAACGUCUUAGCUGAAUACGAGCCUGAGGAGAUUGUUGCACUUCUAUCUGCCUUUGUCUUCCAGGAAAAGACCGAGAAUGUUCCUACAUUGACACCGCGCUUGGAGAAGGGUAAGGAAGCAAUCGUUAAGAUUUCGGAGAAGGUGAACGACUUCCAAAUCCAAUACCAGGUCAUUCAGUCUAGUGAAGACAGCAAUGACUUUGCCAGUCAGCCACGAUUUGGUCUGGCGGAAGUUGUCUACGAAUGGGCUAAAGGGAUGUCAUUCAACCGGAUCACUGAUCUCACCGAUGUGAUGGAAGCUCUUAGGGACCGCAUACAGUCAACGCUCGACCCAAAUGCGAAUAAUCGCCGUCAGGCUGAGUUAGAUUUAAAAUAUGCCGAGACACAGCCCGGCUUUAUAAAUGCGCUUUUGGAUAUUUUGCAAGGGGAACAAAAUAAUGCCGUCCAACUGUCGGCCGGUGUCUACUUGAAGAACCGAAUUACCCGUGGCUGGUCUUGUGUCGAAGAAAACCCACAGCGCACACCGAUUCCAGAGGGGGAAAAACCGGGCUUCCGUGAAAGGUUGAUCCCGGCUUUGGUAUCAACACCCCCGAACGUUCGCGCACAGCUUGUCCCACUUCUUCAGAAGAUCCUCCAGCAUGACUUCCCCGAGCAGUGGCCGGGCUUUUUGAAUAUCACCCUCCAGUUGUUAGGCACCAACGAUGCAAGCUCGGUCUAUGCUGGUUUGCAGUGUCUGCUGGCCAUCUGCCGUGUGUAUAGAUUCAAGGCUGGUGAGAAGAGGGAGGAGUUUGAUAAGAUUGUUGAGCACACUUUCCCUCAGCUGCUUAAUAUCGGCUUGAAACUUGUCGACGAAGAAAGUUUGGAGGCUGCUGAAAUGCUCCGAAUUGUCGUCAAGUCCUACAAACAUGCCAUCUAUUUUGAGCUCUCACCGUUCCUGCAAACAAAUCAAGCGACUGUUGACUGGUGCACACUGUUCCUCAGAAUUAUCGCCAAGGAUCCGCCUGCAAACUCCAUGUUAGAAUCUAAGGAAGAACGGGAGCUUAACCACUGGUGGAAGUGUAAGAAAUGGUCGUACGCCAACCUGAACCGUCUCUUUAUCAGAUACGGAAACCCCACCACAAUGACCAAGUCGAGCACGCCUGAUUAUACCCAGUAUGCCAAGACCUUCAUCGCCACUUUCGCUCCGGAAAUUCUCAAGGGAUAUCUGCAGGAAAUCGAUAAGUGGGUUUCUAAGGGCCAGUGGCUUAGUAACCCUGCCCUUGCCUACACUUUGGUCUACAUGGAAGAAUGUGUCAAACCGAAGGCGAUGUGGGACCACCUCAAGCCACACAUGGACAACUUGGUCGCUCAUUUUAUCUUCCCCAUCCUUUGCCAAUCCGACGAAGACAUCGAAUUGUUCCAGACCGACCCCUCCGAGUAUCUCCACCGUAAGCUGAACUACUACGAGGAGGUGUCCGCGCCUGAUGUAGCCGCAACGAACUUCCUUGUUGCCCUCACAAAGAACCGCAAGAAGCAGACAUUCUCGAUCCUUACGUUCGUCAAUGGCGUCGUUAGCAAGUACGAGGCUGCUCCGGAUGACCAGAAGCUUCCUAGGGAGAAAGAAGGUGCCCUGCGGAUGAUUGGUUCGUUGGCUUCAGUGAUCCUUGGUAAGAAGAGCCCUAUCGCGGAUCAGGUUGAAUACUUCUUUGUCCGUCACGUCUUCCCUGAAUUCCGCAGUCCUCACGGCUUCCUCAGAGCUCGCGCAUGCGAUACUCUGGAGAAGUUUGAACAGCUCGACUUCCAGGAUCCGAACAACCUAAUGAUCAUCUAUCGCAAUAUCCUUGAAUCGAUGACCGAUCCUGAACUUCCUGUCCGGGUUGAAGCGGCCCUUGCUUUGCAACCUCUCAUCCGCCACGAUAUCAUUCGCACUUCGAUGCAGCAGAACAUCCCUCAGAUCAUGCAGCAGCUUCUCAAACUGGCCAAUGAGGUCGAUGUGGAUGCCUUGGCCAACGUUAUGGAAGAUUUCGUUGAAGUGUUCUCUGCUGAGCUCACUCCGUUCGCUGUGGCAUUGAGCGAGCAGCUCCGUGACACAUACAUGCGUAUUGUUGGUGAACUUUUGGAAAGAAACGCCUCGAAGGGCGACGAUGAAUAUGGCGAUUUUUUGGAUGAUAAAAGUAUCACUGCCCUGGGUGUCUUGCAGACUAUCGGAACCCUCAUUCUCACUCUGGAGAGCACCCCUGAUGUGCUUCUGCAUCUCGAAACUAUUCUCAUGCCUGUGAUCAGCAUCACGCUUGAGAACAAGCUAUAUGACCUUUACAACGAAAUCUUCGAGAUUAUCGACAGUUGCACCUUUGCGUCAAAGUCCAUCUCGCCCACUAUGUGGCAAGCGUUCGAGCUUAUUCACAAGACCUUUAAAGCGGGCGCUGAAUUGUACUUGGAGGACAUGCUGCCCGCUCUUGACAACUAUGUCGCAUAUGGCUCUCAGAUGAUGGUUCAGAACCCAGCGUACCUUGCGGCUGUUGUCAGUAUGGUUGAAGACAUCUUCCGCGAUGAGAAGGUUGGUGGUGUGGACCGGAUCUGUGGAUGCAAGCUAGCGGAGACUGUAAUGCUGAACCUGCGCGGCGGCAUUGACCAAUACAUUCCUCUGUUCAUUGAGUUGCCAAUGCACGUGCUCGACGCUGACGAGGCAAAGACCAAGUCCUACCGCAUCCAUCUGAUUGAGAUGGUGAUUAACGCUAUCUAUUAUAACCCUGUUCUCAGUCUUCAGGUUCUGGAGGCUAAGGGCUGGACGAAUAAGUUCUUCAGUGCCUGGUUCUCCAACAUCGACAACUUCCGCAGAGUCCAUGACAAGAAGCUCUCCAUUGCAGCAAUUAGCUCGCUUCUGACAUUGAAUGCUGGCGAUGUUCCCGCGAGCGUCCAGCAAGGUUGGCCUAGGUUGCUUCAGGGAGUGACCAGGCUCUUCCAGACACUGCCUGCUGCGCUUAAGAACUUUACCUUCGAGGACGAGGAUGACGAGGGUGAUGAGGAUAACGACUGGGAUGGAGAAAUCGAGUGGACCGAUCAAGAUGAGACUGAGGCCGGUCCCGAGGGCGAUGUUCAAGAUGAGAGCGCCGCAUACCUUGAUUUCUUGAAUAAAGAGGCCCAGAAGUUCGGUUCCUUCGCAGAUGAUGAUGAGGAUGACUUGGACGAGGAAAGCCUACUCGAGACGCCAUUGGACAAGAUCGAGCCAUAUGGCCUAUUCAAGCACGUCUUCAUGGGUCUUCAGCAAGAACAGCCACAACUCUAUGAGAACUUGACGAAGAUCCUGAAUGCGGAGGAGCAGCAAGUGCUACAAGCUGUCUUCCAUGAGGCCGAUGCCAAGGCUUUGGCUGCUGCCAACGCAGAAGCUGCUGCGGCGGGGAUCCAGACCAACGGAAAUUAG